AUGGAGCUGGCGUGUGAUUCCUGUAGGAAGAAGAAACUACGAUGUUCGCGGGAGUUCCCUACGUGCUCCAAGUGCGUAGAAAACAACUGGGAAUGCCAUUACUCACCACGUCAGACGAGAUCGCCUUUGACACGGGCACACUUGACGAGUGUUGAAAAUAAGCUUUCACGGCUGGAAGCGUUGUUUGAAGAAAUAUUCCCUGACGCAAGUGUAGAAAAAAUUCUGGACGAUCCUAAGUCUGUGAAGCUACGACAAAUUGCAAGAAAUUCCAAAGGUGGACGGUCUAUUACUCCCGAGGUCGAAAAAAGAAGUUCAACUUCACAUUCAAAUUCAGCUUCAACUUCAACUUCAACGCUUACCUCAACGCUGUCACAACAACCACCGGUCAACCAAUUGCCGCGCGACCCUCUGCAUGGCUUUGAAUGGAGCGAGGAAAGUGACUCCGAGGUUUUCAAGGAUGACGGAAUGGGGACAAUGAAUGUGAGCAUUAAUAACAAAGGGUUUUUUGGAGCUGGCUCGAACUCGACAAUUUUGCGCGCGUUAUAUGUGACAGAUGCGUUUCUAGAAGUCCGACGAGGCCCUCUUUCAACUCACGAUCCCAGCGUUCUCCACUCCAGAGAUGUAACGGCAGUAUACGUCGACGCAUAUUUCACAUUUUUCCACCCCACCUUCCCAAUAGUCGAUGAGCCUUCCUUUCGGUUGUGGUACACAGACCAACUUGUUCCGGACUCAACGGAUGUAUGGCAACUUUUGCUUAAUGCUGUUCUUGCUUUGGGAGCUCUGUGCAUCGACGGUGAAAACUCAGAUGCGGAUAUACACUUUUACAGGAAUGCGAAAUCAUACUUGAGCAGUACCAUCUUCGAGAGUGGCUCUCACCCACUUCUAGCAGCUCUUGCUCUUAUGUCCAAAUGUGCCAGGAAACGCAAUAAACCGAACGCGUGUUGGAACUACAUGGGAUUUGCUGCCAGUAUGGCGAUAUCUUUGGGUUUACAUCGGGAAGUAAACGAAGCUAAUAAGGCUGACAAAAAGGCGUUAGAAUUACGAAGACGAAUGUUCUGGACCCUGUACGCUUACGAUUUUGACGUUGCAUUGGCUUUCGGAAGACCUCGCCAGCUGCCAGGCUUGAAAGACGUCGACACGUUAUUACCUUCCGGUUCAGAUGCAAGUGACAGGGCAGCAGAUAGGACUGCUGUGAUCUCGUCUUGUGUGGUUGAAAAUGCCAAACUUGUUAGGCUUUCCCUAGAAAUUGCUGAUAAAGCGGUCUAUUUCAAUGAGGAAGAAAGGCCGCUUUUGUUGUCAACUGUACUUGAGUUAGAAAGGAGAAUCGACACCAACAUUGGGACACUGCCGAAGUCUUUGGGUUCUCAAUUUGAACAAUGGCAACCAAGAAUUGACCCUCAUGGCACCUGGUUUCCUUUGUGUCGAUAUCUCGUCAUAUGGAUGUAUCAGAACCUCACUACAACAAUUUUUCGUCCUUUCUUUCUGAAGUUAUUGAGCGGCCAAAAGCUGGGAAUCGACCACCACGACUCUGUCAACUGCUCAGCCGUGUGUCAUAAAGCUGCAAGUCAAACUAUUCGUUCCGUUGCGGAUUUUAUCGAGCAGUAUGAGGUCACGACUCUUUCUGCUUGGCAUGCCACGUAUUUCUUGAUGAAUGCUGCAAUUGUACCGGCUGUGGGGCUCAUAGUCGAUCCAAAUGCGCCCGAUGGUGGACAAUGGAGACAGAACGUCAUGCUUGCUCGCAAUUGUUUCGAAAAACUAUCCAGUAAGAACGCGACUGCUGAAAAAUUCAUUAAAGUGAUCAACAGCAUGUGUGGCUAUUUGCUCAACGAUAUAGACCACCGCUCUCCGCGGUCUCUCACGAUAUCAAAUAUCCUGCAAACUGCCGGACAAGAGCAACAGAUUUCCAGUGCAACUCCGUCUGCCAACCUUUUAGAGCUUAUAAGUGAGCUUUCUCCGCCGGAGCCUUCACGCUCAAAAGCGUCACCGGACAUCAACAUGUUCCAAAACGAAAACUCCGCCUCAUACACACCUCCGUAUCUGGAUAAUACGCAGAACUAUACCGUAUUCCCCAAUUGGAACGAUCAGAGCGUGCAGACUCUCUUCAAUACCAACACGAAUGGGACAAGUGCUUUCAAUACUACAACAAUGGAUGAUAUCAUGAGAUAUAUUUUCAACGACGGCGAUUGA